CAUUCACUUCUAUAGAUGAAAUUAAUUUCUCAUGUUACCUCUGUCCACAUUCACUUCUAGUUUAUGUACUAUACCAAGAAGCAAAACAAGAACAGUCUAACAGAUCAAAAACUCCCAAAUCCUACACAGAAAGAGCCAUAAGCCCAAAAUUAAAAGAUGAAAGUGCAGUUUUUUCUUCAUCUUUUUCUAGCAUCAUUUUUCAUGUUUUUUGUAUUAUUAGCACAGUGCAAAACACAUCCUACUGAUAUACAAGGACUUCAACAUCUCAAAAAGGGAAUAAACCCAAAUUCCAUUUCCUCCGGUUCAUGCCUAAGCUCAUGGAACUUCACCAUAGACCCAUGCGACAAUAUUUUCUCCGACCGGUUCACUUGCGGUUUCCGAUGUGAUCUCAUCGUCUCCGGUUUUUACCGAGUCACUGAAAUCAGCUUAGACCAAGCCGGUUACUCCGGUUCAUUAUAUAUGACGAAACUCCCUCAUCUCGAAGUUUUAGAUAUGUCCUUCAACUCCCUCUCCGGUUUAAUCCCACAUUCACUCUCAAACCUAACUCGUCUACGUCGACUCAGUCUUUCAAAAAACUCAUUCACAGGUAAAAUCCCUUCUUCCAUUGGUUCUCUUUUACGUCUUCAAGAACUUUUUCUUGAUAACAACAAUCUCACCGGUUCAAUCACACGAAGUUUCAACGGUUUAGUCAAUUUAAACCGGCUUGAGCUUCAACAUAACAAUAUUACUGGAGAUUUACCUGUUCUCUAUCAGCUCAGAAACCUAUUUUUCUUAGACUUAAGUGAUAACAGAAUCACAGGAAACUUCUUAACGUCACGUUUCUCCAAGUCCAUUAUUGAACUCUCAUUACGUAACAAUUAUUUAAACGGCGAGUUCCCGUUAAACGUAGGAGAGUUAAAGUUUCUACAAGUUUUAGAUCUGAGUCAUAAUUUAUUAUCUGGGAUUAUACCGUCGGUGUUGUUUUCCCACUCAUCUCUUCAACAACUCACACUUUCUUACAACAACUUCACGUUAUUGCAAAUGCCAGAAGAUUUAAGUUAUCGAAAUAAUAAGCUUAUAGCUAUUGAUCUGAGUUAUAAUAAUUUGCAUGGCUUCUUGCCGGCUUUCAUGGCGUCAAUGCCGAAGUUGUCGGCUCUGAAUUUGGAACAUAAUAAGUUUUCCGGCAUGAUACCGACACAGUAUGCAGUCAAAGUUGUAGUUCCGAAGAACAAUACGUCGUCGUUUGAGAGAUUGUUAUUGGGCGGGAAUUACUUGUUUGGGCCUAUUCCUGGGCCUCUAUUGGGCCUAAAACCAGGUUCUGUUAAUGUUAGCUUAGUGGAUAAUUGUUUAUAUAUAUGUCCGAAUACGCUAUAUAUUUGUCAUGGUGGGAAUCAGAAAUCUUUCUUGGAUUGUAAGAAGUUUCGACCUAUGAUUCCUUGAGGUUAGUUUUAUAUUUUCAUUUCCAAUUUUAGAUGAGGUUAAUUGCUAGUGAUUGAGUAGCAAACUGUGUUCCUCUUGUCCUAAUUUUGAAUUCAGAGGUACUAGUCGAUGACUAAUUAGAAACUACUCGACUCUGUAUAUCUGUAACAGUGACAAUGUUAUUAUUGAAACUAAUAAUACUAUUGUCGUAAA